GUUCUGCCUCCUGCCUCCGGCUCGCGGUCGCUUAGUUAAAGCUCUUCGCGACACUGGCAGAGCAGCUCCCGGGUCGCCCAGCUCUGGAGGAAGGCAGCGGCAGCCGGUGGGGACGCGGGGGCUUGGCGGGAGAACAGGGCCACGCGUAGGGACCAGGGCUCACGCAUCCGCGCGGCCCCGGGGCUGCAAUGAGAGCGCUGGCUGCGAGGAAGCGCGAUGGCAUCUCUUGAUUCUGAGGUGAAGGAAGAGCGUCUGAGGGAGGACCUGAAGUUCUACUUCAUGAGCCCCUGUGAGAAAUACAGAGCCAGACGUCAGAUCCCAUGGAAGCUGGGCUUGCAGAUUCUGAAGAUAGUCAUGGUAACCACACAGCUUGUUCGCUUUGGCUUAGGCAACCAGCUGGUGGUGGCUUUCAAAGAAGAUAACACUCUUGCUUUUAAGCAUCUGUUCUUGAAAGGAUUUUCCGGAGUUGAUGAAGAUGAUUAUAGCUGCAGCGUAUACACUCAAGAGGAUGCCUAUGAGAGCAUCUUCUUUGCUAUGAAGCAGUAUCGUCAUCUAAAGAACAUUUCCCUGGCAACUCUUGGUUAUGGAGAGAAUGAAGACAACGGAACUGGCUUGAAAUUCUGUAAGCAGCACUACAAGACAGGCGCCAUGAUUUCUCCUAACGAGACCCUGAAUAUUGACAGUGACAUUGAGACAGACUGCAUUCACCUAGAUCUCCAAGUGCUGGACAAGGAACCUGAGGGCUGGACACAGACUGCUUUCUUCAGGCUGGAUUUUUACCGGCUGGUGCAAGUUGAUAUCUCCUUUGCCCUCAGAGGAAUUGACCUACAGGCAAUUCACUCCCGAGAGGUACCAGACUGCUACAGCUUUCGGAACACGAUUACCUUCGACAACACAGCCCACAGCGGAAAAAUAAGGAUCUAUUUUAACAGCGAGGCCAACAUAGAAGAAUGUAAAGCCAUGAAUAUAUCUGGAUCUAUUCAGAGAAGCACUCAGUAUGUCCUGGUGUUUGACGUGUUUGUCAUUAUGGUCUGCCUGGCAUCCCUUAUCCUGUGCACCAGAUCCAUUGUCCUUGCUCUGAGGCUGAGAAAGAGGUUUCUGAACUUCUUCCUGGAGAAGCACAAGCGACGUGCGUGUGAUGCUGACCAGUGGGAGUUCAUCAAUGGAUGGUACAUCCUGGUCACUCUCAGCGACCUCAUGACAAUCAUCGGAUCCAUAUUAAAGAUGGAGAUCAAAGCCAAGAACCUCACAAAUUAUGAUCUGUGCAGUAUUUUGCUCGGGACGUCAACGCUCUUGGUCUGGGUUGGUGUCAUCAGAUACCUGGGCUAUUUUCAGACAUACAAUGUGCUCAUUCUAACCAUGCAGGCCUCACUGCCCAAAGUCCUUCGUUUCUGCGCUUGUGCUGGUAUGAUCUACCUGGGCUACACGUUCUGCGGCUGGAUUGUCUUGGGACCGUACCACGAGAAGUUCGAAAACUUGAACAUAGUGUCCGAAUGCCUGUUUUCUCUGGUCAAUGGAGACGACAUGUUUGCUACCUUCGCUCAGAUCCAGCAGAAGAGCACCCUGGUGUGGCUGUUCAGUCGCCUUUACCUGUACUCCUUCAUCAGCCUCUUCAUUUACCUGGUCCUCAGCCUUUUCAUCGCGCUCAUCACCGAUUCGUACCACACCAUCAAGAAAUACCAGCAAAAUGGGUUUCCUGAAACGGAUCUGCAGAAAUUCCUGAAGGAACACAGUGGCAAAGAUGGGUACCAGAAAGAACCACCGGCCUUGCUCUCCUGUGUCUGCUGUCUGAGGAGGAGAGGAAGUGAUGACCACUUGAUUCUCAUUGACUAAAACCCUUCUAAUGCCAAUCAAGUCCAAACCUCUUUCUCCUGUGGAGGUGCAGAGAGACCCCAGAGGGAGCAGAAGUUCACUAAAAGAUUGUCUUACUGAAUUGUGGAUCCAGAAGGAGGAGUGUCUGCCAGCUUCUGACCAGAAGUGACAUUCCAAAGUUACCUUUUACAAACAUGGAGGGCAGAGGAUAGGCCCUUCCUGGGAGUUAAUUGAAGUGUGAUAAUGGAAUUCAUCAAUAGUCUGCUCGUUUGUGACAUCAUAAAGUUGGGCUGAAAAUAUUAGCAUUUCAGAGUGUGUAAGCAAUAUUAAAACUAGGUAAAAGUAUAUGCUUGUUGCCAGAAAAGGGUUUGUUUUAAAAAUGUAACCCUUGGAUUUGAAGACAUUUGUUAAUUCAUGGUCAGCACAGAAAUAUAUUUGGUUUCUAUCCCAAAUUAAGGCUUGAAGCUGAGGACUGGCAAGUCGUGAAAAGUCUCGCACUCAGGCACUAACCGAAAGAUGGCUAUUUGUAUUAUGAACUUGAUUCUGCAGCAUGCCACGCUGGGUCUUUCAGCCCAGUCGGCAGGACGGAGCAGACCAUAUGGGUAUCUCCUCAGCUGAGCUUUCCCUGGCCUGCACACACAGCUGAGUGGUGCUAAACCUGAAGUGGCCCCUGGUUUCAUGAGUCAUCCCCACUGUGGUGGGAAUUUACCUAUGUCAAGCAAGGAAAUAUGAUGUGUGUUUCCUCAAAUAAAUUUAU